UCAGUGUCGAGCCUCUGAAACUCAAACUGAGUUCAUCUUUGAACGCUUUGUAGCGUGGAGGUAUUUGUUGGCUCCAGGUGCGCUGCCCUAUUGACAGGAAGUGGGCUGGCUCUGGAGUGGCAGCUCUCGGGUCGAGCGGCUGUUCGCGAAACGCGUGUCGCCCCAACGCCACCGACUCCGAGCCAGAUCACAGACCAACUUCAAGAGCGUCCAAGAUAGUUGCGAUUCAGCCCAACACGAUCCGAGAGCAGGGAGUGUCACCAGGGAACUGAUCUCUUCCAGGGUGACUUUUAUUUGCGGAUUUGCCUCGCUCUCUGGGAUUAUUCCUGGUUGAAUCUCGGCUGAAUGCGUGAUCACUAUUUGCGGUUGUUCAGGCUGAUUGCAAUUGCAUUUACUUGACUACGCGGAACGGGUAGUUUGUGCCGGGCUAGAGCAACUGAAUAGGAAAAGGUAUUUUCGGGCAAACAAGAGGACAUCAGAAGCUCUUCCAAUGGCUCUCCAAACCUGUCACAUGCCGUUUCCUCAAUGGGCAUUUGAAUUCCAGAACCUCCCGUUACAAGAAUCAUCGGAGUUUGACCUGCAGGAUUUCAAAGAUGUUGACAUCUUGUGCGACCCAGCGGCUUUGAUGCAGCCUAUGACCAUGACGGACACGGACCUGCCGCUUUCUGACUAUGUGUCUCAGCUUGACGCUUGCAUUUCAUCUUCACUGCCGGGCGUGCACGACCCUCUGAUUGAGAUCAACCUGCGAGCGGAUCAUCCGCACCCACCUGAGCAGUUCUGGAGGGGCGUAGCAGAAGAAAAUCAGAAAGCUCUGGGAGACGCUCUGGAGGAAAAUGAACACCUACAAGUCACUUUAAAGAGAAAGCACUAUGAAAUAUUAUCAUUGAAGGAGAGAAAUGUCCAGCUGAAAGAACUUGCCAGUAAGGCAAAACAUCUGGCCUCAAUCCUUGAUAAACUUAUGAACCAGGAAUGCCAGGAUACUAGUGACACCACAACUAAGACCUUUCCCUCGAGUUCUCCAGCUAAGCGGCAUAGAGUAGAGGGAACCUAUUUCGAUAACCAGGAUUGUGAUAAUGUGGAUGAGAUCUUAAGAGACAUCUCAGAGAAAUGUAGUGUAGCAUUGGAAAAACUGAAUGAAACAAACACUAAACAUCUUAAGAGAAGACAUAAUUCAGGAGAAGAAAGUUAUACCGAAGAACAGGAAACCAUCAACAUGUAUGGAAGCUUCAAUGGACUUCAGACAUCUACAGCCUGCAAAAUAGCCUCUAUAAGUAGCAGUGAGCUGGACAAUGAUGUAUCAUUUAAGACUUCAAUUCGCGAUCACUGUACAAUAAGGACAUUAGCAUUUCCUCAGGGUAAUGCGUUUACCACCAGGACACCCAGUGGAGGUUUCAAAUUUCGAUGGAUUCCGAAUUGAGUGGA